AUGGCGUGGAAGCUUAUUUGUGGCAAGAGCUUCGGGUUUUCGAUUCUGCAGGAGAGAUACUUGAACAAUUUUCGACAGGUGAGAUGUGAUUCGAUCUCGUCGUCUGUUUGGCUUGGUCUUAAGGAAGAGGUGAGCGAUCUGGUUGACAAUUCCUACAGCUAUAUUGAUGAUGGCACGGCCACGAACUUCUGGUGCGAUGACUGGCUGGGUUACAGAAUCUAUGAGAAAUGCAGGGUUCCUCAUUAUGUCCAAGAUUUGCUUAGACAUUCUGUUGCUGACUACUUCUAUGAUGGGGUGUGGCAUUUCACCCAGGAUUUUAUUAAUGCUUUCCCUGAGAUUGUUGGUGAUAUUUUGGUGCUUCCUAUUGGAGAGGAUUCUGACACUCGUUACUGGAAGCCUUCUAUUCAUGCUGGGGUUCUUGGAUCUGGAAGAAUUAUAUUCCAGUUAGACGCUCUUUAG